ACGUUAACAACUGCACGUUUUGUUUAAUAAACAAAAUAAACAAGGAGCAUGUGUACAUAACCGUUGGUUUUAUAUUACCAAGAGAGUUCAAAUGGCAGCGGAACUGACACCCACAUCUCUGCAUGUGGAAAUGCAUGAGCCGGUCACCAAUUUCACAUUUCUGCACGCACUAAUUGCUGGUGGUGUUGCGGGAGUCGUUGUAGACAUUGCACUCUUUCCCAUCGAUACGGUGAAGACACGCCUGCAAAGUGAAUUGGGUUUCUGGCGCGCCGGCGGUUUUCGUGGCAUUUACAAGGGUCUAGCGCCAGCGGCUGCCGGCAGUGCACCCACAGCGGCGCUCUUCUUCUGUGCCUACGAGUGCGGCAAGCAAUUGUUAAGCUCUGUCAGCAAUACCAAAGAUUCCCCCUAUGUACAUAUGGCAGCCGCUUCAGCAGCUGAAGUGCUUGCCUGCCUCAUACGCGUACCUGUCGAGAUUGCCAAGCAACGUUCACAAGCGUUGUUGGGCCACAAACAACCACAGACUGCACUGCAGAUACUGCUGCGUGCGUAUCGCACUGAGGGUCUGCGCCGUGGUCUCUAUCGGGGCUUUGGAUCCACCAUUAUGCGUGAGAUACCAUUUAGUUUAAUACAAUUCCCGCUGUGGGAAUACUUUAAACUGCAAUGGACACCAGUUACGGGCUACGAAUCCACGCCCUUGUCUGUGGCUUUAUGCGGUGCAAUUGCCGGUGGCAUUUCAGCUGGUCUAACCACGCCACUAGAUGUGGUUAAGACGCGGAUUAUGUUGGCUGAAAAGGACAGUUUAAUACGUCGUCGCAGUGCUCAGAGCAUACUUCAUGGCAUUUACUUGGAACGCGGUUUUCGCGGACUCUUUGCUGGCUUUGUGCCGCGCGUUCUUUGGAUCACAUUGGGCGGUGCAUUCUUUUUUGGUUUCUAUGAUUUAACAACGCGCCUACUGGGCGCCGCAAAUAGAGAUAAUUAGCUUAAAACUGAGGCACAUUAGUUUAAUACUACAGCUGCGACGGAACAAUGUAGACAAUAAAACAUAUGGAAGCUA